CAUCUCUCUCACCUUCGACACUGACAGAUGGCUGACCUCGAGAAACAACAGCUGCAACAGCUGCAGUCUUCCACCGCCUCAGACAACGACGACACUCCCACCCACCGCACAUCCAAUGGAACCUUCGACAUCAAAGUAGAGAAGGCAGCCGCAGCAGAGCAAGAUGAGAAAUCAAAAGGAUUGUUCGUACGGAAAGGCGCAAAGGGGGAGAAGAAGACUCGUGCUGGCAAGAAGAAGGACGCAGAGGUCGAAGGUCUCAAGCCCGUACCUCUCUCUGCCCUUUUCCGCUUUGCGACAAAGUUCGAGUUGGCUAUUGGCGCUAUUGGCCUUGUCUGCGCUGUUGCUGCCGGUGCUGCUCAGCCACUCAUGACCCUCAUCUUUGGUAAUCUCACCACGUCGUUUGUCAACUUCACAACCAUUGUCGUCAAUGGCACCCCGGAUCAGAUCGCUUCAGCCGCCACCGACUUUAGGCAUACCGCCGCCCAGGACGCGCUCUACCUUGUCGUGAUUGGCAUUGGGAUGUAUGUUGUCACACACUUGUACAUGCUUAUUUGGACAUAUACGGGCGAGAUGAAUUCUAAGCGGGUUCGUGAAAACUACCUUGCAGCUGUGCUCAGGCAAGAUGUGGCCUUCUUCGACAACCUUGGCGCUGGUGAAGUCGCGACACGAAUCCAGACGGACACUCACUUGAUCCAGCAAGGUACAUCGGAGAAGAUCCCGCUUAUUGUGACCUUCAUCGCAGCCUUCGUCACAGGUUUCGUUCUCGCUUACAUCCGUUCCUGGCGUCUUGCUCUUGCACUCACUUCUAUCGUACCUUGCAUUUCCAUCACCGGCACGAUAAUGAAUCGCUUCAUCUCCGGGCUUAUGCAAAAAUCCCUCAAGGCCGUGGCGGACGGUGGCUCCCUCGCAGAAGAGGUCAUCUCCACCAUCCGUACCACCAAGGCCUUCGGCACGCAGCGCAUCCUUUCCGCGCUCUAUGAUACCCACGUUGAGAAAGCCCAUAACGCGGACAUGAAGCAGGCGAUCGCGCACGGUAUUGGACUCUCUUGCUUCUUCUUCAUUAUCUACAGUGCAUAUGCGCUCGCCUUCUACUACGGCACCACCCUCGCUCUCCUCGGCAUUGGCGAUGUUGGCGUUAUCGUCAAUGUCUUCCUUGCCAUUCUCAUUGGUUCCUUCUCCCUGGCUAUGAUGGCGCCCGAGAUGCAGGCCGUGUCUCACGCACGCGGUGCCGCCGCAAAGUUGUUUGCCACUAUCGAUCGUGUCCCCACCAUCGAUUCCGCCUCGACCGAGGGCAAGAAGCUGGAUAACGUUGAGGGCCGGAUCAGCCUCCAGAAUGUCUUCUUCGACUAUCCUUCCCGCCCUGACGUCCGGAUUCUCAAGGACCUCACUCUUCACUUCCAGGCCGGCAGGACUGCUGCGCUGGUUGGUGCUUCCGGUUCCGGCAAGAGCACGAUUGUUGCUCUCGUGGAGCGGUUCUACGAUCCUCUCCAGGGUAGUGUUCAGCUCGAUGGCCACGAUCUCAGGGAACUCAACGUCAGCUGGCUUCGUAGUCAGAUCGGCCUCGUCUCCCAGGAACCUACUCUUUUUGCCACUUCGGUCCGCCAUAACGUCGAGCAUGGUCUGACCGGUACGCCAUUCGAGAACCUCUCUUCCGAGGAGAAGCUCGCGCUCGUUAAAGAAGCAUGUGUCAAGGCGAAUGCCGACGGAUUCAUCACCAAGCUUCCCGAAGGGUAUGAUACCAAUGUCGGCCAGGCUGGUCUCUUGCUCUCUGGUGGUCAGAAGCAGCGUAUCGCCAUCGCUCGAGCUAUUGUGUCCAACCCCAAGAUCUUGCUUCUCGACGAGGCCACGUCUGCUCUUGAUACUCAGUCUGAGGGCAUCGUCCAGAAUGCGCUUGACAAGGCUUCCCAGGGUCGCACGACCAUUACCAUUGCCCAUCGUCUCUCUACCAUCCGCGACGCUGACCAGAUUUACGUGAUGGGUGAUGGCCAAGUCCUCGAACACGGCACGCACAACGACUUGCUUUCGCGCGAGGAUGGGCCAUACGCACGUCUUGUUAACGCCCAGAAGCUGCGCGAACGCCAGGGUGGCGAUGAUCUGGAGGAGGACGAAGACUCCGAAGGUCAAGCUACCAAGCCCAGCGGACCUCUCAUGACCGAUGCCGAGGCUGCAGCCGCAGCCGAGGCCGAGAUCCCCCUCAAGCGCACUGGAACUGGCCGCUCCGUUGGCUCUGAUAUCAUGGAACAGCGCCGGCAGGCGGGACUCUUGCCCGAACAGCAGCUCGAGAAGGACUACGACUUUAUCUACCUUUUCAAGCGGAUGGGUAUGCUCAACCGUGACGCACUCAGGCUGUACGGGUUUGGCACCAUCUUCGCAAUCUGCACGGGCAUGGUCUACCCAGCCUUUGGCAUCGUCUACGGUAUCACUAUCCAAAGUUUCGCCACGUAUACCGGUGCGUCGCUGAGGACAGCAGGUGAUCGCAACGCCCUCUGGUUCUUCAUCAUCGCUAUCGCUGCUUCCAUUGCCAUUGGCUUCAACAACUCGUUCUUUGGCGCUGCGGCUGCCCAACUCACUAGCAAGCUGCGCUCAAUAUCUUUCUCCUCCAUUCUGAGGCAGGAUGUUACGUGGUUCGAUGAGGAGCGCCACUCCACCGGUGCCCUGACGGCCAACCUUUCUGAUAACCCCCAGAAGAUCAGCGGUCUUGGUGGCGUCACCCUCGGCGCCAUCGUGCAGAGUGUCACUACUGUCAUCGGUGGCGCUAUCAUUGGUCUAUGUUACGGCUGGAAGCUCGCGCUCGUCGGUAUUGCCUGCAUCCCAUUCGUCAUCAGCGCUGGUUACAUCCGGCUCCGUGUUGUUGUCCUCAAGGAUCAAAAGAACAAGGCUUCCCACGAGGAGUCGGCUCAGCUUGCCUGUGAAGUCGCUGGUGCUAUCCGCACUGUUGCCUCCCUGACUCGUGAGAAGGCGGCCUGCAGGGAGUACAGUCAGAGUCUUGAGAUCCCUCUCCGGAACUCGAAUAGGAACUCGAUCUACAGCACUGGCUUCUACGCUGUCUCCCAGGCUAUGUCAUUCUUCGCCAUCGCCCUGGUCUUCUGGUACGGAUCCCGUCUCGUCGCCGAUCUCGAGUACAGCACCGAACAGUUCUUCAUUUGCCUCAUGUCUGUCACCUUCGGUGCCAUUCAAGCCGGCAACGUGUUUACCUUUGUACCUGAUAUGUCCUCCGCAAAGGGCGCAGCGGCGUCUAUCAUCAACCUGAUCGAUACUGAGCCGGAGAUCGACUCGGACUCCACGGAGGGCAAGACGCUCACCGACGUCAAGGGUCAGAUCACCUUCCACGAUGUCCACUUCCGCUAUCCCACCCGCUCCGGUGUUCGCGUGCUCCGUCAUCUGUCGAUCCAUGUCAACCCUGGCGAGACGGUCGCCAUCUGUGGUGCUUCCGGCUGCGGCAAGUCCACCACCAUCCAGAUGAUUGAGCGGUUCUACGACCCGUUGGCGGGCACUGUUUCCCUCGACGGUAUCCCGAUCACGGCACUCAACGUAGCCGAUUAUCGCAAGCACAUUGCCAUUGUGUCUCAGGAACCAACACUUUAUGCCGGUACCAUCCGCUUCAACAUCCUCCUCGGUGCCUGCAAACCUGCAGAGGAGGUGACGCAGGAAGAGAUCGAAGACGCUUGUCGGGACGCCAACAUCCUGGACUUCAUCAAGUCUUUACCUGAUGGCUUUGAGACGUCUGUCGGCAACAAGGGAACCUCGCUUUCUGGUGGCCAGAAGCAGCGGAUAGCUAUCGCGCGUGCUCUGAUACGUAAUCCGAAAGUGCUUCUGCUCGAUGAGGCCACCUCGGCUCUCGACUCGCAAUCUGAACGUGUCGUGCAGGAAGCGCUCGACACUGCUGCUCAGGGUCGGACGACAAUCGCCAUUGCCCAUCGUCUUAGUACGAUCCAGAAUGCCGACCGUAUUUACUACCUUGCCGAGGGUAAGGUGGCCGAGGUCGGUACGCACGACGAGCUCUUGCGUUUGCGUGGUGGUUACUUCGAGCUUGUGCAGCUUCAGGCUUUGAGCAAGAGGGAAUGAGUAUCCUUGCGGACAGUUUCACGGUUUUGGGUUAGAGACAGACAUAUUCACAUCUACAAGGAAGUUUACCACAUUCUCUCUGCAAUGACGGCGCCACCUACGAAGUUAUGUUUAUGAUAGAGGCUAGCGAUAGAGCGGACGUAAUGCAGCCCUGGCAUUUCUGGGCUUGGAAAUUCAUGUAUGCCUAGCAGCGG